GCGUGGGGGGCAGGUUGAGCAUCAGUCCAAGGCCCUGCCCCCCCCCAGCGCACGCGCGCGCGCACACACACCGUGGCCCCGGGCAGGGCCCAGCCCGGCGCUCCCUUGUCUUCCAGCCCAGGAUGCUGCCAACCCUGCGGCUGCUGCUGCUGCGCGGGGCCGCGCGCGCCUGCCCUGCUCUGCGGCGAGGGAGCACAGCAUCUGCUCCCCGACGCCCCCCGGGCAUCGGCCCCCGGCGGCCUGCAUCACACACCUGCCCUUGGCCCAGCCUGAGGCUCCCGGCACCGGAGCUCCUCGCCAGCCCUGCGCGAGCCCUGUCUGGGGAGGCAGGAGCCGAGGACAAGAACCCGGUCAUGAUGCGGCUGCUGGCGGUGGUGAUGCUGGGGAUCAGCGGGCUGCUCGUAUUCCUGUCCCUGUACCAGGAGAAGGAGCUGGAGCGCUGUCAGCAGCGGGUGGAGCAGCUGCGGCGCGUGGUUGUGGGCCAAGGCGACUUCCAGCUGGUGGACCACACGGGGCAACCACGGUGCAAGGCUGACUUCGCCGGGCAGUGGGUGCUGCUCUACUUCGGCUUCACCCACUGCCCUGACAUCUGCCCCGAGGAGCUGGAGAAGCUGAGCGGGACCGUGCACCUGCUGGAGAAGGACCCCAGCCUGCCGCCCGUGCAGCCCAUCUUCAUCACCGUAGACCCCAACCGCGACGACCCGGCCGCCAUGGCCCGGUACGUGCGGGACUUCCACCCACGCCUGCUGGGGCUGACGGGCAGCCCUGAGCACGUGCAGGAGGCAGCAAAGGCCUACCGCGUCUAUGCCAGCGCCGGGGCUCCCGACGAGGAUGGCGACUACAUUGUGGACCACACGGUGCUCAUCUACCUGCUGGCACCCGACGGGCUCUUCCUAGAUUUCUACACCCGUGGCAAGAGCGAGGCCCAGAUCGCCCAGAGCGUGCGGCGGCACAUGAUGACCUACGGCCGCAUCAACUAAUAAAUCCCCUGGUCCCGA